AUGCCGCGCGCGGCAAAAAAGGAUGACCGCGGCAUCAAAAACAAGACGCUAGUCGUCGACAAUGGUGGCUACACCAUCAAGGCUGGCUUUGCAACUUCAUCUCCAGAUACUAGCCACUGCCACGUCAUACCGAACUGCAUCGCGAGAGACAGCGACAAGCGCAUAUGGAUAGGGUCGCAGCUUGAGCAAUGUAAAGAUUUACGUGAGCUGGCGUUCCGAAGACCAGUUGACAAGGGCUACCUGGUGAAUUGGGAGGGUGAGAGAGCCAUCUGGUCGCACUCAUUCUUCUCGCAAAAUGCGGAUCUGAAGUGCGAUCCACAUGAAACCAACCUGGUCCUGACCGAAGCUCCGAACUGCCCUCAGGCUUUGCAGCUCAACUGCGAUCAGAUGGUCUUUGAGGAGUUCGAGUUCGCUUCAUAUUAUCGCUGUCUUGCCCCGGUAGGGAAUGCGUACAACGACAUUCAGCCGCUUUUUGGUUCAGAAUCGUCCGGUUCCGAACGACCAGUCUCUGCAGCUGAAUGCGUGCUGCUCGUAGAUUCGGGCUACUCUCACACUACCGUAACGCCUCUCAUCCACGGACGACCUGUGCAACAUGCCAUCCGGCGUCUGGAAAUAGGAGGCAAGUUCCUCACAAACUACCUCAAGGAACAAUUAUCCAUACGCUCCAUCAAUCUCAUGGACGAAACCUACGCUGUAGAUGAAAUGAAGGAAGCGGUAAGCUUCGUGAGCCUGGACUUUCGAGCCGACCUAGAACGCACGUGGAAAGGAGAUAGGCGCAAUCGACGCGCGAUGGAUGCGGACAUUGUUGUCGACUACGUCCUUCCAGACUAUCAGGAGCUACACCACGGCAUCGUUCGACCGCACGACCCGCAAGCUUCCAAGGCUGCUCUGAGGACCUCGACUGGCCCAAGUAGAGAGACGGUGAUUACCCUCACCAAUGAGAGAUUUGCGGGACCAGAGCUUCUCUUCAGCCCAACUGACGUAGGGCUUCAAGAGGAUGGCCUGCCUGGCGUAAUUAUGCAGAGUGUAGAAGCGAUGCCCGAAGGGAUCAGACCUGCCAUGCUUGCCAAUGUCGUCCUCGUCGGCGGCAAUGUCAAAAUCCCCGGGCUUGCAAAUCGCUUGAGACAGGAACUUAGGCAACUAGCACCAUCGGAGAUAAAUGUGCGUGUGGCCAGUCCACCUGACCCAAUUAAGUACACCUGGCUUGGUACGGCCAGAAUGGCAUCAAAUCGGGAGCUAAUGAAGAGCCUCUCGGUCACAAAAGCCGAGUAUGAAGAAUAUGGUGCUAACUGGGUAUUACGAAAGUUUGCAAAUCCUGCUUGA